CAAACCCUACUCUGUCUCCCUUUUUCUUCGUCGAUUCUUUUUCUGAUAAUCUUGUUUGUGGAUUCUGGUGGCGCGUGGAGGAAUUUUUGGUGGCGCGUGUGGGUUAUUUCGAGAUCUUUGAUGGUUUUAUGUGUUCGAUUGACUCGGGAACCUUACGCCGUGAGCUUACCGGCUUCCCUUAAUUGAUGGCAUCGGCGGUGCUGGCGAAUCAGACUGACUCGAAUUGGCCGCAGCAGCCGAAGAACGGCGUUGCUAAAUUCAUUGGAAACGGUACCUUUGCAACGGCGAAGCCAAACCCUAACCCUAAAUCCGCCAAGAAGCGGCAAUUCCAGCAGCACUUGGCGGUCGAUGAUGCGGCUGGUCCACUGUUCGAUGAUUCGCCCGUCGUGACGCAAUCUGCAGCUUCUGAUGACGCGUCGUCAAUUAAUCGGAAGCUGAAUGACUUCAGCGCCGGCGCGUACCUGAACUUCAAUCUCAAGUCUUUCUCGAGGAAGCAGCUGAAUGAUCUCAAGGGACAGUUGGUAUCGGAGCUGGAGCAGAUUCGUGAACUGAGGAAUCGAAUUGAAUCCAAUGAUUUUCAGGCCAGAUCCAGCUCCAACAACAAAUCCGUCACGAAGAAAGUCUCGGGCAGCAAGAGACCUUUGCCGUCGAAUUUCAGCAAGGAGACGAAGCGGCACAAUCCUCAAGAUAACGGCAAGAGAUCCGAUAAUUCGAUGAAAACUUGCGGUCAAAUUUUGAGCAAAUUGAUGAAGCACAAACAUGGGUACAUCUUCAAUACGCCUGUGGAUACAGUUGGCCUGGGCCUUCACGAUUACUAUGACAUAAUCAAGAAUCCUAUGGAUCUGGGCACCGUUAAAUCGAGGAUAACCAAGAAUUUUUACAGGUCGCCGUUGGAAUUUGCAGAUGAUGUGAGGCUGACGUUCAAUAAUGCCAUGUUGUAUAACCCUAAAGGGCACGAGGUGUACAUAUUGGCGGAGCAGCAGCUGGGGAAAUUUGAGGAGUUGUUCCGCCCGUUGAAUGAGAAGUUGUGGGAGCAACAGGAGCCGCAAGAGCAGCCUUAUUUUGAGGAAGAGUUGCAGGCUAGUUCUUGGGAUCGUGUUGAAGGUGAUAGAUUGAAGAAAGAUGGGGAAAGAGAUAGGGAGAAGGACCGUGGUGAUUCAGUCGGUGUUGUGGCUAGAUCUAACAAAAUGGGAGCUGCUGCUGGUUCUGGGUUGAACCAGAACGCACUACCACCGCCGCAAGUUCAGGUGCCAGCACCAGUGCAGUCACCGGUGAAGGCACCUCCAGUGAAGUCAGUUAAGAAACCAAAGCCAAAGGCAAAGGAUCCAAACAAGAGAGAAAUGAGCUUGGAGGAGAAGCACAAGCUUGGGCUUGGAUUGCAGAGUUUGCCCCAAGAGAAGAUGGAGAAUGUGGUGCAGAUUAUAAGGAAGAGGAAUGGGCAUUUGAGGCAGGAGGGAGAUGAGAUAGAGCUAGACAUUGAAGCAGUUGACACAGAGACUCUCUGGGAGUUGGAUAGGUUCGUGACUAACUAUAAGAAGAUGGUGAGCAAGAUUAAGCGGCAGGCUCUCAUGGGUAACAAUGUGGCUGCUAACGCAACCGAAAGAGGGGUCUCCGUGGAGAAAAUCGAGGUUGCACCUGAGACAAAGAAGCCCAAGAAAGGUGAUGCAGGUGAGGAAGAUGUGGAUAUUGGGGAUGAACUGCCUACGAGUAGUUUUCCACCAGUGGAGAUUGAGAAGGACAACGAACGAGCCAAUAGCAGUUCUAGCAGUUCCAGCAGUUCAAGCAGUGAUUCAUCUUUAUCUAGCGGUAUUUACCCAAUUCUAAACUCUGAAACUGUUGAUCCAAAAACGAAAUAAAAAAUUAAACUUGAUGGAGAAAUGCUUAUUUAUGGGAGGUUCUUGCAGAUUCGGAUUCUGGGAGUUCCUCCGGGAGUGAUUCAGAUACCGAUGAUGCUCAGUCCUAGGCCUCAAUUUGAAGGAUGAGCUAUUUGUCCAAAUGCCAUUUAAGGGAAAUUUUGAUGGCUCUGCAGGAGGCUGGGAGAUUUAGAUGAGGAGUUAGAUUUUGCUAACAUUGCUAACAAUUGAAAGUUUGUUGUGGAUUUCUUUUACAAGUCUGUACAUUGGUGGGUUACUUAGGUUGUCUCUUGGCUUUGUGGUGGUCAGAUUUGUUGGUGAAAUUAGAAAUGUGCACCUGGGCUUGCCUUUGAAGAACUCUGAAGGGUGGUGGAAAUGCAGUUAGAGAAGGAUAGAGAAUAGGUAGGAUGGAGAAUUAGAGCGUUUUGAAAUACUUUUAUGUACACAGUUAACACUAAUGCAACAUCAUUUCCCUGAUCAAUGGAGCCAUCUGCAUUUAUUUGAUCUAUUUCCAUGUUCCCCUAUCAGACGUCACGCAUUGGUUGUGGAGAAUUUGGAAUUGAGAUUUUGAGAACUGAUUCUUAUGUUUGUUCAGGAAAUUGAUGUUUAUUUUAAGAUCAAAGAAUGAGCCAACUGAAUCAUGGUAUCUCUAAGAAAAUUGAAGGAUCUGGAUAUGCCGUCUGGGAACCAAGUAUGAGAGGAAGAAAAUAAGCAAUGAAAAUUUAACAUAUCCUGUAAAGUC